CCCCGCCCCUCGGCGGCUCCAGGUACGGCGGUGGGACCUCGGGGCCGCGGUCGGGCCGGGGCCGGGGCGCUAUGGCCGAGUCCCAGCUGAGCUGCCUGGACGAGGCGCACGUGAACGAGCGGGUGACCGAGGCGCAGGCCGCCUUCUACUACUGCGAGCGGCGGCGGGCCGCGCUGGAGGCGCUGCUGGGCGGCGGCGAGCAGGCCUACCGCGAGCGGGUCAAGAAGGAGCGGCUGGGGGACUUCCUCUCCAGCCGGGAGCGCCAGGACCUCCGCGCCGCCUGGAUCCCCUACGAGGACGCCGCCGCCGCCAGGGGCAAGAGCAAGGCCAAGGCCAGGGCCCAGGCCCCCGCGCAACCCCCGGACGAGCCCGGCGAGUCCCUGGCCUACUGGCCCGACCGUUCGGACACCGAGGUGCCCCCUCUGGACCUGGGCUGGACGGACACCGGUUUCUACCGCGGCGUGAGCCGCAUCACCCUCUUCACCCACCCCCCCAAGGAGGAGAAGGCGCCGCACCUCAAGCAGGUGGUCAGGCAGAUGAUCCAACAGGCCCAGAAGGUUAUUGCUGUGGUCAUGGACCUCUUCACUGACCGUGAUAUCUUCCAAGACAUUGUGGAUGCCGCCUCUAAGCGCCGGGUCCCAGUGUACAUCAUCCUGGACGAGGCAGGAGUGAAGUAUUUCCUGGAGAUGUGUCAGGGCCUGCAACUCACUGACUUCCGUAUUCGGAACAUCCGUGUCCGCUCCGUGACAGGCAUCGGCUUCUACAUGCCCAUGGGGAAGAUCCAGGGGACCCUGUCAUCAAGGUUCCUGAUGGUGGAUGGUGAAAAAGUAGCCACUGGAUCUUAUAGGUUCACAUGGAGUUCCUCCUACGUGGACAGGAACCUUCUCCUCCUCCUGACAGGGCAGAAUGUGGAGCCCUUUGAUGUAGAGUUCCGGGAGCUGUACGCCAUCUCCGAGGAGGUGGACCUGUACCGGCAGCUGGGCCUGGCAGGCAGGCUUGGCCUCAACUACUCAUCUACUGUGGCCCGCAAGCUUAUCAACCCCAAGUAUGCCUUGGUGUCAGGCAGCCGCCACCCGCCGGGCGAGAUGAUGCGCUGGGCCACCCGGCAACAGCAGGAGGCUGGCAGCAACCCACAGGGGCAGGAGGAGGGUGGUGGAGGUGGCGAGUCAGCCCGGCGCCUGGAGAGCUUCCUGAAUGACCUGGUUACAGUGGAGCAGGUGCUGCCCCCCGUGGAGCCCCUUCCCUCGGGAGAGCUGAGCCGGAAGGAUGGCAGGAUGGUCUCUCACAUGCACAUAGACCUGAAGCCCAAAUCCCGAGAGGCACUUACCCGAAAUGGCAUGGGAGAAGCUGCCAACGGGGAGGCUGCCCCAGCCAAGGAGGGCAAACGGUUUGGCAGCAGGUUCUUGAGUCGACGGGCCAAGAGGCCUGCAGCACCCAACGGCGCGGCCAGCUCCCUCUCCACCGAGACCUCUGCCGAAGUGGAGUUUCUGAUGGGGAGGAGGCCCAACGAGGGUUCCAGUGCCGAUGUCUCAGGUAAAACAAGUCCUGGUGCCAAGCCCAGCAAAUGCGUGAUAUCCUGAGCCGCAGGACGGUGGUGGGCAAGACCUGUGGAUGUCCACCUGUCCUGUCCUGGGCUGUCGAGAGCACAGGUCACACCCUAUACCAGUUUGCACAUAAGACUCCAACUGACCUCCUGCCCUGCAGCCUCCAUCCUGGCCUCAGGGACCCUGAAUCCCAAAUGGGAGGGUCUGAAGCAUCUCAAGAUGAUCACACACCUCCACCAGACUGUCGGUGGCUGGGCAGGGUCACUGCUGCCUUGUUUACAUGAAGUGGAAGCCUGA